CGUCUUCGAUCCUAAGCAAGUUAAUAGUAAGCUAUAUUUGUAUUGUUCGUCUUUCCUAUAAAUACAGCAUGCAUUUCCCUAUGCUCAUAUCAAGUACUCCAGCUAAGCUAGCGCGAUCGAUCCCUCAUUUUGCCUAUCUUGAUCUUACCGCGCGAGGAUCAAUAUGAGCUCCUCCUCGGACAAGGUCGUCGUUGAUGGCGGCGGGGAGAAGAAGUCGUGGCCGGAGGUGGUCGGGCUGUGCACCGACGAGGCGAAGAAGAUCAUCCUCAAGGACAAACCUGACGCCGACAUCAUUGUCCUGCCCAUGGGCUCGCCGGUGCCCAAGGACUUCAGGCCCGAGCGCGUCUUCGUCUUCGUCGACAUCGUCGCCCAGACCCCAAGCGUCGGCUAGCUACUGUCUUCUUUCUCUUUCCCGCCAAACAAUACUAGCUCGUACUCCCUCCGUCUCAUAUUAUAAGUGUCACAACUUUAUCUACAUACGCAUGAUAAUGAAAGAAUAGUAAUCGAAUAAUUAUGUGUUAAUCUG